AUGAAUUCUAUAUUGAAAGAACCUAGAGAUUUGCCAAUUGCUUCAUUCCUUGAACUUGUUCGAGCUUUGCUACAAAGUUGGUUUUGGGAGCUUCGAGAAGAACGCAUUAAAGUGACGUCUACAUUGACUAAAUGGGUAGAGUUAGUUCUACAAAAGAAACAAGAACGAGCUUUGACAAUGAAGGUCAACCCAAUUGAUUGUUACCAAUUCCAUGUUAAAGAUUUAGAUAAAGACGAGGUCGUAAAUCUUCAUACUCAAGAGUGCACUUGUAAGGAGUUUCAAGCUGAGCAACUACCAUGUGCACAUGCCAUUGCUGUAGCAUGA